GAGGGAAAAGGGGAUAAAAGGUUCAUCUCAUGAGCUGUAUAUAUACAGGCGUACUCGCCUCUUUUCUGUCGAUCUGUGUGCAACUCGUGUUAGAAAGAUGUCGCUGCUUACGCGGCGUGUGUCUUUAUUGUGUUGUGUUUUUUUGGCGGUCGCAAUUUCUGCGUCCGAGACCGGCAGCCGGAAUGACGACGAUGCCAGGUCCAUCUCCCUGGCCGUGAACCCGUCAACAACGGGCACCACCCCCGGCGGGGAAACCGACCAGGCCCUCCACACGCGCGAUUGGGGCGACUGGGGCUUCCUGGUCGACGCCCUGCAUUCCCUCGACGACCUCACAGUCAACAACGACGGCGUGGUCAACGGCGAUGGCAACGGAUCAAUCUUCUUCUCCGGUUCCCCGACCCGCAACGGACGGUCCUCCCCCGGGUCCCUCAAUCUCGACGGCCUCGUCGUCAACAACAACGCCGAGUUCAACGGCGACGGUAACGGCUCGGUCAUUCUCACCGGUUCCCCGAGCCGUAACGGCCGGGCCUCUCCCGGGAAGCGCGGUUCUGCAGUCGUCAACAACUCCGGAACCUUCAACGGCAAUCACAACGGCUCCGUCAUCGUCGGAGACUUCAACGUCAGCGAAACCAAGGUCAACCGCCAACCCACCCGCACGGACUCCUUCUCCAAAUCGCCCCGUAGGCGACGACGUGCCCCGUCAAGCACCUGGUCCGUCGUUAAUAGCAAUAUUGUCAAUGACAGCGGCUCCGUGACACCCAAUGAUGAUUUCCAGGUAUGGGGAACGGUCAACUGGUCCGGCCAGUACCUGGACGUCGACGGUAGUGGAGUCCGUGCCAUAGCUAUUGGUGCAGAAACUCUGAAAAUUUCGGUGAUCAACGGCAAGGAGGUGACGGUAAACGGGAAGAAGGUCUGUCAGGACGUGAAGACCCUCAGCCAGGAGAGCACGUACCAGGUCAUGCCGGACGGGUCUCUAUGGUUCACGAACUUGAAGGUGGGACGCGCUAUGACGAAGGACGAGGAGGCGGAGUUCAAAGAGAAGGUCAAGGAAAAGGAGGAAGAAACGAAGGCUGCGCUUGAGGCUGCGGAGAAGCAGAGAGAGGCUGCGCAAGCGGCUGCGGCAAGACAGAGAGAGCAGGCGGCGAGACAGAGAGAGAUUGCACUUGCAGCUGCGGCGAGACAGAGAGAGAUUGCACUUGCAUCUGCGGCAAAACAGAGAGCGGCUGCGGCGAGACAAAGGGAGGCUGCGGCAAGACAGAGAGAGGCUGCUGCAAGACAGAGAGAGGCUGCUUCUGCUGCAUGGGAAUGGGGUGGGCCGUGGAAUAGGUCCAACAGCUGGAACAGUUGGCUUUGGUCUUAGAUUUUUGCUCCAAGUCAAUCUUCAUUGAUCGCUGUUUGUUUCGUGGUUACAGACUAUCAUUAUCUUGGAGAGAAGUCAAAAGAGCAGUACUGUUUUUAAAAAGAGAAAUGAAAAUAGAAUAAAUAUCUAAACACCUAAAGCAUAUGAAAUCAUAA